AUGGAACUACUACCUCCUCCCGGUACUGUACUAAGACAAUUGAGACAAGAAGAUGCGAAAACUAUUAAUGAAAUAUGGCCACAUCGUCAUCCAGGUUCAAUAAAUUUUAUAAAACGUUUAAUUUAUUAUAAUCUUAGCAUGGGAGUUUAUAAAGAAGAUACCGGAGAGUUAAUUGGCUGGUGUUUAAGACUACUUAUAGGUUCAUUGGGAAUUCUACAUAUAAAAGAAGGAUACAAACGACAAGGAUUUGGUAGUUUAUUGGUAAGAAAAAUGUCUAAAAGUCUUGCUGAUAUGAAUGAAGAUACAACAGCACCUGUUGUUAUUAAAAAUACGCCCUCUAGAAAUAUGUUUAAAAAAUUGGGUUUCGAAGAAGUUGGAAAAAAUUACUGGGUUGAUACAACUGCAAGUGAUUCUAAUUAUAAAUGGCCAGAAGAUAUUUAA